CCGGGACCUGGGCAGGGGUGGGGCGGAUCCUGUCCGGGCCGGUUGCCUGGCUCUGGGACAGAGUUCCAGGCUGACGGUCUCCUGUCGCCGUCGUGCUGCACUCUGUGCUCUUUGGCCCGCGCUGGGAGCGGGCCUAGCGCUCUCCCUUCGCCCCUCUGCGAGCUGGGCUCCCGGAUUCUGGUGCUCCGGGCCCGCCCUGGCCCCGUACAGCAGGCAACCUGAAGAGUCACUGGCCGUGGUCGCCGCUAGGUAGGAUAUUUCUGCAUCUCAAAAGGAAGAUAAAUCAAAACUCUUCUUUGAAAUAGAUGGAUUUUUGUCAUUUUCUGUGAACUAAAGCGAUUCAAUGUCUCUUUUGGAUUGUUUCUGUACUUCACGAACACGAGUUGAAUCACUCAGACCUGAAAAACAAUCUGAAAGCAGUAUCCAUCAAUACUUGGUCAAUGAGCCAACUGUUUCCUGGUCGCCUCCAUCUGCUAGAGCCCAUGAAGUGAUAUGUUCCACCAAUGUUUCUCACUAUGAACUACAAGUAGAAAUAGGAAGAGGAUUUGAUAAUUUUACUUCUGUCCAUCUCGCACGGCAUACUCCUACAGGAACACUGGUGACUAUAAAAAUUACAAAUCUGGAAAACUGCACUGAAGAACGCCUAAAAGCUUUGCAGAAAGCAGUGAUUCUAUCCCACUUUUUCCGGCACCCCAAUAUUACAACUUAUUGGACAGUUUUCACUGUGGGCAGCUGGCUUUGGGUUAUUUCUCCAUUUAUGGCUUAUGGUUCAGCAAGUCAGCUCUUGAGGACCUACUUUCCUGAAGGAAUGAGCGAAGAUUUAAUAAGAAACAUUCUCUUUGGAGCAGUGCGUGGGUUGAACUAUCUGCACCAAAAUGGCUGUAUUCAUAGGAGUUUUAAAGCCAGCCACAUCCUCAUUUCUGGUGAUGGCCUAGUGACCCUCUCUGGCCUGUCCCACCUGCAUAGUUUGGUUAAGCACGGACAGAGGCAUAGGGCUGUGUUUGAUUUCCCACAGUUCAGCACAUCAGUGCAGCCGUGGCUGAGCCCAGAACUACUGAGACAGGAUUUACAUGGAUAUAAUGUGAAGUCAGAUAUUUACAGUGUUGGGAUAACAGCAUGUGAAUUAGCCAGUGGGCAAGUACCUUUCCAGGACAUGCAGAAAACUCAGAUGCUGUUACAGAAACUGAAAGGUCCUCCAUAUAGCCCACUGGAUAUCAGUAUUUUCCCACAAUCAGACUCUAGAAUGAAGAAUUCCCGGUCAGGCAUAGACUCUGGAAUUGGAGAGAGUGUACUUGUCUCCAGCGGAACUCACACAGUCAAUAGUGACCGACUGCACACACCAUCCUCAAAAACCUUCUCUCCUGCCUUCUUUAGCUUGGUACAGCUUUGUUUGCAGCAAGAUCCUGAGAAAAGGCCAUCAGCAAGCAGCUUAUUGUCCCAUGUAUUCUUCAAACAGCCCUAUUUUGGAUUUCCUUAACAGAUGAAAGAAGAAAGCCAGGAUUCAAUACUCUCACUACUGCCUCCUGCUUAUAAUAAGCCAUCAGAAGCAGUACCUCCAAUGUUGCCUUGGACUGAGCCAGAAUGUGAUUUUCCUAACAAAAAAGACUUGUACUGGGAAUUUUAGGGCUACCAACUCAUUUUAUGUCCUGUAUACUUGACACUUUCUCCUUGCUGCUUUUUCUUCUAUAUUGCUAGGUAUAAAUACCAGAAUUAUACUUGAAAAUACAGUUGGUGCACUGGAGAAUCUACCAUUUAAAACCACUCUGCUCACAGGGGUAUGAAGCCAUAACCCCUCUAUUUAGAGUGCUUUCACAACUCCAGGGAAACAUCAGAAUUAGCUACAGAUAGUGUCAUCUAAUUUUCAGUUUUUUUUCCCAAGCUGUGACUAACUCUUCUCUUGAUCUCCCAGUAUAAUUUUUGAGCCAGUUAGUUUUUUGACAUUUUGCUGUCCUCAGAGGAUAGUGCUUCCAAGUACAUCUUUAUCUUCCAAAUUCUCCAGCCUUUUGAUCAGCUCUUGUUAGACCAAGGCUAGUCUAUCUUGGCACUAAACCCUUAUUUUGGGAAAGGGAAAAUGUUUAUCCUAUUCCUUUUUCUUCUGUUAAAACAUAUGGUAACAUCACACUGAGCCUCACUCACUUUAAAUGAUUCACUUGAAACACAUAGAGAAGAUAUAAUUUGCUUUUUUAAAAAGGGGGGCUAAAGUGACACUUUUCUACCUAUGUAAAUUAUAGAUCCUAAAUUCAUGCACCCUGAGGGAGCUCAAUAAAAAUUUAUUGAAUCCAG